UCGUUUACAGUUUCACCACAUUUAUGUUUCACUAUACACUACGGUUUCGUGAAAACUAAUAAAUAAAUAAAACAUAUUUUAUCUACCCGAUAUUAUUUCAAUCGAGAUUUCAAUUUUACCAUGGACGACGACGGAGUUCACAGACUAGCAGGGACAUCAGGAAACGAGAAAGGAGGACUAAUAAUCAAAAAGAAAGAUAAGGAAUCCACAUUCAAGGUACCAAAACCCUCUCUUCUAGGCCUAGAUCGUUUAGCAGCCCAAAAACGUAAAGAUAAAGAAGAUGCUGCUAGAAAAAUGUCUUUUUCGAUAGAAGAUGAACAUGGCGACGCAUCGGGCGACAGCCCAAGAAGCAUCAGGGAAAAACCUAGUAUCGGACGAAAGUUCAGAUCACCAGCUGAAGAGACUCCUACGUACACUGGUGGUGUAACAAAAGAAGCUCGAGAACGACUCCUAGAACGAGAAAAGGAUAAGUAUAAAGAAAAAGGAGUUUACGCAACAACAAAGAAUAAAGAAAGAGAACAAGAUUCUAGAGGGUAUGAUGAUUACCAUAGAUACAAAGACAGAAGAGAUAGAGACAGAAAACAUAAUAGAGAUAAGCAUAAGGAUUACAGUAAAAGUGAAAGAAAUAUAGAAGGUAGUUCUCAUAGGGACAGGUCAGAAAGAGAUUCGUCUAAGUAUCGAGAUGAACCAAAAACCCCAAAUGUAAGAGGUAGUAGAGAUUCGGUAGCAAGAACUUCAUGGGAGGAUGAUGAGGAUGAUCCCCCCACAAAAAAAUCAUCAUGGGACUUUCCUACUCCAAAUGUUUAUAAAAGAUAUGAUGGUAGUUGGUCAGACAGGAGUUCAAGAUCAAACCUAGAAGGUAGUGAGUCAUCUAGAAGAAAUGAUAAAAACUGGAUUGAUUGGAAAUCUAGCAGAAAAUUUGUGGAUGAUAGUGUAAGGGCUACUCCGGCACAUAAAUAUAAUGCUUGGAUGAAGGAUAGAAAGAGAACUGGAGCUACACCAGGUCUUGGUAAGGAUGGUAAAGAACACGUUAAAUGGGAUGCCACAGAAGAAAGAGAAAAUUGGGAGGAAGAACAAAAAAGAUUGGACAGAGAGUGGUACAAUAUGGGCGAAGGAUAUGAUGAUGAAAAUAAUCCAUUUUCCAGUGUCAGUGAAGAAUACACUAAAAAGAAAGAAGAACAAUUGGAACAGAGAAAAAAGAAACGAUUAAGUGCUCAGCAAAGGCAAAUAAACAAGGAUAAUGAAUUGUGGGAGAAGAAUAGGAUGUUAACAUCAGGGGUAGUACAUUCAGUAGAUUAUAAUGAGGAUUUCGAUGAAGAAUCCAUAGACAGAGUCCAUUUAUUAGUACACAACAUCGUUCCACCAUUUUUAGAUGGUAGAAUUGUUUUCACCAAACAACCGGAGCCAGUUAUUCCUGUUAGAGAUCCCACUUCAGAUAUGGCCUUAGUAGCACGCAAAGGUUCACAUUUGGUAAGGGUUUUUAGAGAACAAAAAGAAAGACGCAAAGCCCAGAAAAAGCAUUGGGAAUUGGGCGGCACUAAAAUAGGUAACAUUAUGGGCAUAAAGAAGAAAGAAGAUGAGGAAGACAAAAAAUAUAAUAAAGAAGAUGAUAGUACUGAUUAUAAAGCUGAUCAUAAGUUUGCUGAGCAUAUGAAAGGAAGCAAUGAAGCUUCUAGUGAUUUUGCCCGAAAGAAAACCAUAUCUGAACAAAGACGAUACCUACCCGUUUUCGCCUCACGACAGGAACUUUUAAACAUUAUAAGAGAAAAUAAUGUGGUCAUUAUUGUUGGAGAAACUGGCAGCGGUAAAACGACCCAGCUAACACAAUACCUUCAUGAAGAUGGUUAUAGCAAAUAUGGUAUGAUUGGUUGCACUCAACCAAGAAGAGUGGCAGCCAUGUCGGUAGCUAAAAGAGUGAGUGAUGAAAUGGGCACAACACUUGGAGAUGAAGUGGGUUAUGCUAUAAGAUUUGAAGAUUGCACUUCUGAGAAUACUGUUAUCAAAUACAUGACUGAUGGUAUUUUGCUAAGAGAAAGUCUUAGAGAACCAGAUUUGGAUCAUUACAGUGCAGUCAUAAUGGACGAAGCCCACGAAAGGUCCCUUAGCACUGACGUUUUGUUUGGAUUGUUGAGAGAAAUUGUAGCUAGAAGGCAUGACUUAAAAUUAAUUGUCACUUCUGCCACUAUGGAUAGUAGUAAAUUUUCUAUGUUUUUUGGCAACGUGCCUACUUUUAAUAUACCUGGGAGGACUUUUCCAGUGGAAACUUUAUUCAGUAAAAACCCAGUUGAAGAUUAUGUAGAUGCUUCUGUAAAACAGGCUUUGCAGAUUCAUUUGCAGCCACCUUCUGGAGAUAUUUUGAUCUUCAUGCCUGGGCAAGAAGAUAUUGAAGUGUCCUGUGAGGUUCUAGCUGAACGCCUAGCUGAAAUCGACAACGCCCCCGAGCUAUCAAUUCUCCCAAUUUACUCUCAACUGCCUUCGGAUCUACAAGCGAAAAUUUUCCAGAGAUCUCCGGAAGGCAUAAGAAAGUGUGUGGUCGCUACAAACAUUGCUGAAACUUCGCUUACAGUGGACGGUAUUAUUUUUGUAAUCGACAGUGGCUACUGCAAAUUGAAAGUUUACAAUCCUAGAAUUGGUAUGGAUGCUUUACAAAUUUAUCCCAUUUCCCAAGCUAACGCGAAUCAACGUUCAGGUCGUGCUGGACGUACGGGUCCAGGACAAGCAUUUCGCCUGUAUACAGAACGUCAAUACAAAGACGAGCUGCUGAUAACUACAGUACCAGAAAUACAGCGUACUAAUUUGGCUAAUACGGUGCUCCUGCUUAAAUCCUUAGGAGUUCAGGAUUUGUUGCAGUUUCACUUCAUGGAUCCACCUCCACAGGAUAAUAUAUUGAAUUCGCUUUAUCAGUUGUGGAUUUUGGGAGCAUUAGAUCAUACAGGUGUGUUAACAAAGCUUGGAAGACAAAUGGCUGAGUUUCCUCUGGAUCCUCCCCAGUGUCAGAUGCUUAUAGUGUCCACUCAGAUGGGAUGUACUGCAGAAAUUCUUAUUAUAGUAUCUAUGUUAUCUGUGCCGUCAAUUUUUUACAGGCCGAAAGGUCGAGAAGAGGAAGCUGAUGGUGUGAGGGAAAAAUUUCAGGUCCCUGAAAGUGAUCAUCUAACUUUCCUGAAUGUCUACAAUCAAUGGAAACAAAACGGAUACUCUGCACAUUGGUGUAAUGAGCAUUUUAUUCACAUAAAAGCAAUGCGUAAAGUAAGAGAGGUGAGGCAACAACUCAAGGAUAUUGUCGUGCAGCAGAAACUUGAAAUAAAAUCCUGCGGUACUGAUUGGGAUAUUGUUAGAAAGUGUAUUUGUUCGGCGUAUUUCCAUCAAGCAGCCAGACUUAAAGGUAUUGGUGAAUAUGUAAAUUGCCGUACAGGAAUGCCUUGUCAUUUACAUCCCACCUCUGCACUUUUCGGACUAGGAAAUACACCAGAUUAUGUUGUGUAUCAUGAAUUGGUUAUGACAGCAAGAGAGUAUAUGCAAUGCGUUACUUCUGUUGAUGGUCAUUGGUUGGCUGAGCUUGGUCCCAUGUUUUUCUCAGUAAAAGAAACUGGAAAAUCAGGGAGAGCAAAGAAGAAGCAAGCAGCUGAACAUCUGCUCGAAAUGGAAAACCAAAUGCAAGUGGCCCAGGAAGAAAUGAAGGCUAGAAAAGAAGCUGCAGAGAAAAAAGAGGCAGCGAUGUAUAAAGGCCAAGAAAUUGUUUCUGCUGGGGCCACUCCUAGGAGGACACCGGCUAGAUUUGGACUCUAACAAUUUGUUAUUUUAAUAUCAAGAAAUAAAAACAUAAUUUUUA